AUGCCCCCUCGCUAUCCCUUCGGAGGCGGCGGACGCACCUCGGACGAGGCCCAGCACCAGUCGCCCGACGGCCGCCAUCCUCAGACCGCAGAGGCUCGAAGGCAGUCGCUCACUCGACAGAACAACGCCUAUCCAACCUACGACCUCGGCGCCGAGCCUACCUCGCAGCCUCACGUCUCCUACGACCCCUAUCUGCCCCCUUCCAACUCGGGCGAUCACACCGGCUACGAGCUGCCCUCGGCCGACUACUACGACCACACACGGCCUUCCUACCCGCCCCACGUCACCUCGCCCCGCAUGUCGAAUCCCUACAGUAACUCGCAGCCCCACCGCGUCGGUGUCGACCCCUUUGACGAGCACGACAACGAUGUGCCCCUCCUACCCAGGGACGGCAACUACGCCUACGCGCCCGCGUCACACUUUGACGAGCAUGGCAACCACAUUGGACCCAUGGACAAGUAUGGCGACGAAGACGGCAUGGACGUAGACGGCGCCAACGGCCGCGGCCGCCUGCUGCAUCCGCACAGCGGCGACCCAGACGACUACAUGCCCGGCGGCUUCGACCCCAGCCUCAUGGAGAACGGCACUGCCGGCGGCGUGCGCUACGGAAAGAUCCCGCAGCGUGUGCCGCGCAGAUACAAGACGCUCAAGCGCGUCGAGCUCUACCACGGCAACCUCGUGCUCGACUGUCCCGUGCCCUCCAAGCUGCUCGACAAGCUCAACGACCGCGAGUCGCGCGAGUUCACCCACAUGCGCUACACCGCCGCCACGUGCGACCCGGACAACUUCAAGGACGAGCGCUACACGCUCCGCCAGGUACUCUUCGAUCCGCCACGCAGGACCGAGCUCUUCAUCGUGCUCACCAUGUACAACGAGGACGAGGAGCUCUUCACCCGCACCAUGCACGGCGUCAUGACCAACAUCGCCCACCUCUGCACAAGAGAGCGCUCCAAGACCUGGGGCAAGGAGGGCUGGAAGAAGGUCGUCGUCUGCAUCGUCUCGGACGGCCGUCUCAAGAUCAACUCGCGCACUCUCGCCUGCCUCGCCGCCAUGGGCGUCUACCAGGAGGGCGUCGGUAAGAACGUCGUCAACGGCAAGCCCGUCACAGCCCACAUCUACGAGUACACCGCCCAGCUCUCCAUCGACCCCAGCAUGCACUUCAAGGGUCGCGAAAAGGGCAUCAUGCCCGUCCAGAUCCUCUUCUGUCUCAAGGAGCGCAACCAGAAGAAGAUCAACUCGCACCGCUGGUUCUUCAACGCCUUCGGCCAGAUCCUCCAGCCCAACAUCUGCGUGCUCCUCGACGUCGGAACCAUGCCCCGGCCACGAUCGAUUUAUCAUUUGUGGAAGGCAUUCGACAUCAACUCCAACGUCGGCGGCGCUUGCGGCGAGAUUGUGGCUCUCAAGGGCAAGUACUGGAGCGCGCUCGUCAACCCGCUCGUGGCGGCGCAGAACUUCGAGUACAAAAUGUCCAACAUCCUCGACAAGCCGCUCGAGUCGGUGUUUGGCUACAUUACCGUGCUGCCCGGUGCCUUCUCGGCGUACCGCUACAUUGCUCUGCAGAACGACGCCAUGGGCCAGGGGCCGCUCCACUCGUAUUUCAAGGGCGAGACGCUCCACGGUGGUCAGUCGGACGCGGACGUGUUUACGUCCAACAUGUACCUCGCCGAGGACCGCAUCCUGUGCUGGGAGCUCGUGUCGAAGCGCGACAGUGCGUGGAUCCUGCACUACGUCAAGUCGGCGCAGGCGGUGACGGACGUGCCGGACCAGGUGCCCGAACUCAUCUCGCAGCGUCGUCGCUGGCUCAACGGAUCCUUCUUCGCGGGCAUCCACUCGAUCAUCAAGUUUGGCUACAUCUACCGCUCGUCGCACUCGUUCGGGCGCAAGUUUGCGCUCCACAUCGAGAUCAUCUACCAGACCAUCCAGCUCGUCUUUUCGUGGUUCGGCAUGGCCAACUUCUUCAUCGCCUUCUUCAUCCUCACCAGCGCCAUGAGCGACCGCAUCAAGGCGCUGCAUGUUCCCAAUCUCGUGCUCUCGUACAUCUACGUUGCCUUCAUCAUCUUUUGCUUCCUGCUCUCCAUGGGCAAUCGACCGGCGGGCAGCAAGUUCGGCUACACACUUGCCAUGGUCGUCUUUGCGCUGCUCACGCUCUACAUGACGGGCGCAGCGAUCUACCUGGCGGUCGACUCGAUUCUCAACGCUACGGGGGCAGGAGGAGGAGGCGCCGAAGCGCUCGUCUCGAACCGCACCUUCGUCAACAUUGUCAUCUCGCUGGCGGCGACGUUUGGUAUCUGGACGAUCGCGAGCAUCAUGUUCCUCGAGCCGUGGCAUAUGGUCACGUCGAUCAUCCAGUAUCUGCUCAUGGCGCCGACGUUUGUCAACGUGAUCAGCAUCUAUGCCUUUGCCAACAUCAACGAUAUCUCGUGGGGCACCAAGGGUUCGGACAAGGUCAUGACCGAUCUCGGUGUCGUUGGCGGCACGGGCAACAAUCAGGUCGAAGUGGCGAUCCCGACCGAGUCCAAGGACAUCAACGAUGCCUACGACGAUGCCAUCCACGUGCUUAGCAACAAGCCGCCCAAGGCAGGGCCCGGACCCGUGGACAAGGACCAGAAGCAGAAGGACUACUAUGCGACGGUCAGGACCAACGUCGUGCUGUGCUGGAGUCUCAGCAACGCCGCGCUUGUGGUGGGCAUUCUCAAUAUCUCGUCGAUCAGCACCAGGACCGUGUAUAUGGGCUUCUUGCUGUAUUCCGUCGCCGGUCUCGCGCUGUUCCGGAUGACGGGCUCGACCAUCUACCUGAUCAAGCGACUCUUCUCUGGCGAGUAA